AGACCUAGUUCCUCAAUUUCAAUAAAAGUAAAUAUAAAGAAAGUGUGACAAAAACCCACAUAAUGAGUGUCUUACCACACAUCCUUGGCAAUUUACUUGUCCAAACAAAUUCAGAUCCAGGAAAGGAGUGUUAACUUUCAAAGCCAACAUAUUGCUUCACCUCAACUAUACUACUUGAGUGCACAGUCUAGUUUGCAAACCAAACGUCCGUGUAUUUCAAAACCUCAAAUCAACAUUCGGCAUUCCAUUGUUUGUUUGAUUUCAAACAAAACAUGUUGACAAAAACUCACCAUCAUACAGCUUUUGGUCCUGCUGAACCUGAUGCCGAAGCCCAAUAGUCCACAAUUCUCCAUAACACCACACAAUUUAUACCAAUCAACUCGAACUUUCCCAGUAAGCUUUAGACCAAUCCCCCACCCACAUUGCCAGCAACAACCCGCUACAUACCCAUUGCAAAUAAGCAACCUUGCCAACUUUAUGAAUGAAAAGUCACUCACUCACACACACAUUUUUGUGUUUUGGAACUUGGAAGGAGCAAAACCCCAACCAAAAACUGAACAAACCUGCCGCAACUAUCCAAAUCCAACAGAGUGCAUCAUCUCAUCGCGUCUUCAUCAUCAGUUGAAUCAGAUACAUCGCAGAUUUCACACGGUUCGGUCCAGUUUUCAGUCUCAUCGUCAUCGGCAGUGUCCAAUAUAUAAAGCAACAAAAUUAAAGUCUAAAAAUCAUGAUGUUUCGCUAUCUCCCAUCGAAAUCGCUAGUUUGUCAUUGAUGAUAGUUUGUCGAGUAUACUCGUAGCUAGAUAAGGUAACUUUUCGCGCCAAAAAUGGUCUUCAACACGAACUCGAACUCGAUAGAUGAAUGAACGCGAAUAAAAGCAGCAUAAGUUUUAUAGCACACGCAUAGAUACUUUCUUGUUUUUGUAUCUUUGAAUAAAAAAGAGGAUGCUCUGCUGACUAAAAUAUUCAUGAGAGUGCUCUGUUUACAGAUGGAUGUGAUUUCUUUACGGAUGUUUGUCGAUUAAUCCUUUUGAUGUGUGAUGAGCAAAAGGGGAUGAAAACCAACCUCGAAAGAUUAACGAGGAAUCCGAUGUUUGUGAAAGUGUUUUUUGUUUUUGUUUUCGGAUUGUGUGUGUUUUGUUUUUAAUCUAUCUUCAUUUUUACAACAAAAUGACCUAAAAUUGCUGUUAGCUUGGAUAUAAAUUUAAGAGUGUAUAUAUUUUUAUAUUUUCCCCAGAAAAUAAAAUUCUUAUAACAAAAAUUCAAAAUAUUUCUUAAUGAAGAUGAAUUGAAUAAAAAAAAGUACUUAAUUGUAAUAUCAUUCAGUUUUAGUUUAAAAAGUGAAAACGAAUUUCGAAUUAACACGCAAUGUUGAGGUGCAACCAAGUGCAACCGAAAUAUCACCUUCUUCGUUGGCGAUAAACCCAAAGCAAUAAAAUCACUGUAGAACCAAACAAGAGCUAUAAUACCUGCCUAAUGUUGAUCAAGUUCACUCAUCCGUUCCGCCUUCGCCGUUAUGAUGGUCUCUACAUGCGAACUUCGGUGAAAACUGAAAAUAUUUUUUAAUUUUAAUUAACUUAAGAAAAAACUAACACGCACAACACCUUGUAAAAAUUAUUAUUAUUAAUUGUUUAAAAAAAUAAAAGCAAAAUGCUCACCCAAGGUUAACACCAGAGAUGCAUUACAAGAAGAUAUAAUGCAAUAACAAAAGUGAAAAGUGAAAGAUACAAAAUAAGAUACAUCUCUAUCAAUCUCUUUUUUUUAAAUUUUUGUUUUUUCUUGUUUUCUUAAUUACAUCAGAUAAAUAAAAAAUAAAUAAAAUAAUAAAUAUAAAAAAAUGGGUGCAAAAGCGAAAGUUUUUUGUGGUCUAAUGCUGUUCGUGAUCGUAUUUGGAUUGCGAUUCUUUUGUGCAAAUUGUCAGAGAUAUCCACCGCAGCAGCAGCAACAGCAACAGCUACAGCAGCACCAGAUACAGAUGCAAAAUUUCCAACAGCAUCACCUGCCACUCCAGCUCCAGCAGCAUCAAUUACACGCGGUGACAGUGCCGUUACAAAAGGAUUUACACUCCAACGAAAAUCGAUUGCAGUCGCAGAUGCUUAGGACUGGAGUAUCACUCGUGGUGCAAGGCAACACAGCAGCUGAUGUUGGUGGCCAGCGGGAAUACUACAAUCCAAAUUGGUCAAAUCUGGACACUUCCAAUAAAGAACAAUACCAACAAGAAGCUCCACAACAACAACUUAACAUGAAAAAUUGUAAACGAAAAAGACGACCUCAAGCUGUGAUUUAUAGUAGUACAACCGACCCACCAGUAUUGUCACCGUUACAACAAUAUUGGCGUGGUCAUGUUGAAGAUGAACUACCAAGAGGUCGACAAAAAAUUCAACAAUUCCAAGCUUUACCCACUCAAAUGUCUGAGCGUCUACAAGAACCAAGUACAACAAAACUUUCCGAAAGAAUUGGAGAAGCUUUUUCGACAAGCAGCAGAUCUUCGGAAAUAAUCGAAGAUCCUUUACCCACUAAACAGCAUACAAAUAUGUAUUCUUCUCAAUAUCCUGAUAUUCGAAGACCUUCGCCGACCAGUACAAUUUUCUCGGAGAAAAUAAGAGAAUUCAAUCCUACUAAGGAAUCACUCAUACAACGACAACCAAUUACGAGUACGAUUUUCGAUAAGUUUCAAGAUCCCUCACCCACAAGAAUCCUGGAGAGAAACCGAGAGAUUUACUCAACGAAGCCCGACGAGCAGAUGCUUCAGGAUCCUUCACCAACUAGAUUUUUGGAGAAGAACAGAGAAUCCUAUUCGACAAAGCCAACAGAAAAUGUUAUACCCGAAGCAGCGGCCGUCGUGCCAUCUCGAAUGACAGAAAGAGUCCGUGAUGGGGCAGCGAAUUCAAAGAAAGCACAAACUGCAGCCGCCACUGAUAGAAAUCGGGAGCAAUUUUCAUCAAGAAAUUCCGAAAAAAUUCGAGAGCCAUUAGCGGCUUUGGAGAAGGAACAGAAACUCUCCGAAGAGAGGGACAAACAACGACAGCAAGUAAGCGAAGAGAAGUCGACCACAAACAGAGAUAAAUCAUACCGUAGACCAUAUUCACAGGCGAAGAAGGACCAUCAACACCAACAGGCAUAUCCAAGCAGGGAGGAGUCAUCGGAGAGCAAAUCUCCCAAACCCCGAUCACAAAUCGAUUUGAAAGAGAUUCUCAAAAACUCUGGUGGUCUUAGCUUGAGCGAGAUCCUGCAACAGAAAAAUCUCUCUCUUGACGAUCUACUGAAGGGAAAACAAAACGCUCUACUUGCACUUCAAACAACAGCUGCUGCUCCGGAGAAGCAAAUGGAAAAUCAAAACCUAUCGAAGGAACGGUUUGGAAAGCCAAGCAGAAAAAUCCCAUCGUUAGGAUUACAUUCUUUGACCACUACAACUUCGACUUCAAAAACAACCACAACUGAUACCAAUUUAAUAGAUCAGUCAGUUGAAGAACAAUCUUCGCAAUCUGGCGAAAGUCAAGAGAUUCUUUCAGAAGAACAAACCUCAAACGAAAGCAAAGCUACAAAAAUUCCAGCCACUUUGAGGAAAAAUCUGAAAUUUCCCUCGAGAAUCCGAAUGAGCCCUUCUACCACUCGCAGGCAACAACAUUUCGAAACAACUCUUCAGCAGCGGUUUUCAACCACCACAACUACAUCCACUACCCCUAAACCAUCCACGACUCGAAUUCCAUUGUACAAAAAACGACAAAAUACAAGACUCCCUCUGGGAAGAAUUCCAAACUUCAAAAAGCCAGAUCCUACAACUGGAACGGGUGUAGAAUCAUUUGAAUCUUCACCAUCACGCGAGACAUCCGAAUCCCGAGAAGAUAAUUCAACUGUCAAAAGAUCAAGAACCCGCCAACCUUCAUCAUCAUCAUCGACAACAACGACAUCAACAACAACCGAAGCUACUUCCGAUCUCACUGAUCCAGCAUCGAAUUUUGUUGACUACUCAUCAGGUGAGAAUGAAGUUCUUCAAGAAUUUGACACCUCAGAGAAUGCAAGCACAAGUAUGAGCAGAAAUAAUUCCCUAGUUCCAUUAAACGACAAUCGGGAGAAAUCAAAAACAAAAAAUCUCGAAGAACCUGUAACCGAUCAUAUAUAUCGAUACAAUUCACUUAAAAACUACAUCGAUAAUAAUUUACCCCAUGCGGUGCUAAUGGACAUCGACCUAGCCGACAUUGAUCCCGUCGACGAUCGAACUGAUCUUCUAGAACUAAUCGAAGAUCGUCGUUCGGGAAAUCGUCUCAUAAAGGUUCUCGAGCAACGAAAUAUGACACUGGAAGAGCUGAUUGAGCAUCGAAAACGCGGAUCAAGUCAAUUGCAUCUGGCGACGUUCGUACAAAAUCGUUCAGGAGUGUUUCCCGGCAAGAAAGUCGUCGUCAAUGAUGACAUGGACAUUGUGACAGCUUUUGAAAAUUUCCCACACUUCAAUUUGUUGAAUUUAAAAAGUGUCAAGCCCGACGAAAUCAAGACCGACUCACAGGGUUCCAGCUAUUUCACAUCCAUCAUCGAUAUCGAACCAACAGAUGAUUCCUCGAAGGAGCAAAGUCGUGAUACCACAGCUGGAAAAUCCUCUAUUCGUAAUCCCAACAAUAGCAACAUCCAACGACAACCGUUUUAUCCCUCAUGGAAGAGUCUAGCCUUAGCGAGUUUAACAGCAUCGGAAAAUGCAAAGAGGUUUCUACAGCGCUCCGACCUCGACCCACCACAACAAACUGUUCAGCGACACCAAUCGACCGUCAGUGAAGAAGAUCCAAUUGUCCAGAUCGAGGACGAAGUAGCCCGGGCGCAUGACUUAAUCGAUUUGGAACUAUCCGGUCACGGUUUUAAACGCAGUGCUCUGAAUCUAGUGCAUACUUCGGAAGUGCCUUCUGGGAUACGUUCGGCAAUUGUGGCAAGUGCAGCCAUUGUAUUGACCUCACUGGUGGCCUUUAUGGUGGUAUUUGUGGCGUGCCGAUGGAAACAGAGAAGACGUCGCCAUAAGUUGGACUAUCUCGAGGCAUAUGCUGCAAUGCGUAGCAAGAUGCCAAUGAAAUCUUCACAUAGAACUGAUGACCUAGCAACGUCAACAACUAGCUUGGGAAUGGACAGUUCUCUGGCCCCGUCGAGGACGAGCAGAAGUAACAGUCGACAGAGUCAACGUCACCACAUUUCCAUUGUGUUCCCUGGUCCCAAUGAUGGUGAUUAUUUAACCGGGCCAUCUCAUUCCAUACAUCAUAGUUCAAAAUUUGAAACAAUGGAUCCCAGUUCGACACAGGUGCAGGAUUAUCUCUUCAGUUCCUUACGAAAAUCGUUUUAGUCAGAUUGGGUUGGAAGGUUUUAAGAUUGCUGUAGUGGUUUUUUAGUUUGUCGAGAGGAAGGAGCUGUGAAAUUUUUUUUACAAUACAUACGAAAAUAUUAUACACAAAAAUACAUAUUAAAAAAGUGUUUAAAUGAAAUUUUUUUGGAAAGGAUUGCUGUUUGGAAAUUUUCGACUUAUAUUGUUUAGAUUGAAUUGAUGAUGACCAAAAAUAAUCCAUUAGUUCGGCUUUUACAUACUAACAAAUAUUUUAUAAGUUAAAGCAAAGAGCAAAGCUCCAAGCUUUCAAAUUUAAAUUCUAUGAAACCAUUCAAGAGUCGGUUUGUUGCAAGCUUCAAAAAUGAUUAAGCUGAAUUUAGUCGCUAUUAGAAAAGUUAAUUGUUAACAAAUGUUAUAACCGUUGAACUUUAAUUAAUACAAAAACUGCGAUUUCGAGUUAAGAAACAGAUACUGCUAUUUUGAUUUCAUGUUAUGAUAUUAAAAAAUGUAUUCAGCAAUCCUUUUUAAAUUCAUAAAAAUUAAAAAACUUAAUUAAAUAACAACCAAAAUAAACAACAACUAUUGAUUAGUGUUUAUUUUAAAGACAAUGCGCUCAAAAAACAAUAAUAAUUAGAAUAAUAAUAAUAAACAAACGAAGACCAUUAAAUUUAAUCUUUAUAAUGUUUAUAUUAUAUACUAAAGAAAUAUUUAUAGAAGAAAAUAGAUUUUCAAAUAAGUAGGGUUUCUUAAAGAAAAACAAAAAUAAAAUAUUUUAAAAUGCAUACGAGAAUGUUUAACACAAACUAAACAAAUUAAAAAAAAAAACAUAUUAAAAGCAAUAAUAAUUGUAAAUGUAGAAUGUUUAAAUAAAAGAAAAAAAAUGAAUGAAUAUAAAAAUAAAAUAAAACAAAUUGUAUAGUUUAUUAUAGUAUACAUUAUAUAUAUUAAAAUAUUUAGGACUAAGACUAUAUUUAGGGAAGAUACUCAUAUUCAUAUUACAGAAGUUGGUAUAUUUCAUUAUUUAUUAUUCGAACAAGAUUAUAAAUGACUCCAAGUCUUUUUAAAAAACAACACUCAAGAAAAUAUUAGUUAUAUUUAUUAACAGUACUCAUGAUGUUUUAGAAUGACACAAUUAUUAUCUUACAAUUCAAAUAUAUAUAUUAUUUUA